UUGUCUUCCUUCUGUUUUGAUCUGGUUUAAGGUUUCUUAUUGUUCAAAGAAAUAAUUUAAACUUCUUUAUUGACUCAAAGCUUAUUGUUGGGCAGUGUAUAGAAUGGAACAUUAGAAGUUGUGGUUGCAACCAAGCAGUUAAAAUGCUUCCUCUGGUUGCUAAACAUGAUUAAGAGGCGUGCUUAAACUGCACAGCAUGGAAACAGUAUUACCCUAACAACGUGGGACCUCAGAAGCAAGGAAAGGCCCAAGGGCAGAGACUCUGGGAGGAAAAUUGGAGUAGCAUGAAUGGAUUGGCUUCUCUCCUCAAUUCUGUGACCAUGGAGAGUCGGUUAUGGGCAUGAGAUAUAGGAGAGUGACUUGUGACCCUCAUAGAGUCUUUUCUUCUGAAAUUCCAUUGGAGGACGAAUAUCUCUCUUUGGAGUUAGAAGACCAUUUUGGAAGAGCUGACUCUGGGCCACAGCAUAAAGCAGACAGUUUGCUGGGAUGUUCAGGAUUGGCAGGAGACAGCUCUGGAAGCAGAGUGUCAGCCGCGUUCUAACGCAACGGCUGAAAGAAGAGAAGGAAGCCAAGAGGGCUCGUCUGGAUGGGAGGCACGACUAUCUGUUUGCAAUCGUGGCUUCCUGUUUGGACCUGAGCAAACUGGAAGUGGAAGAUGCUCUCCUUGAGGGUAAUCAGAUUGAAAGAAUCGACCAGCUUUUUCUUGCUGGAGGACUCCGUCAUCUCAUGUUUUACUAUCAGGAUGUCGAGGGAGCAGAAGCAGGACCAUUUGGCUCUUCAGGAGGGGUAAGUCCUGUUUCUGGGAAGCUGAAAAAGCCCAAGGUGUUCGUGACAGAAGGAAAAGACGUUGCUCUUACAGGAGUAUGUGUGUUCUUCAUCAAGUCUGACCCAUCCAAAGCCAUUACAGCUGAGAAUAUCCACCGGGAGGUGAGCUUCAACACGUUAGACACUGCAGAUGGAGGCCUGCUGAACAGCGUGAGGCGUCUGCUCGCAGACAUCUUCAUUCCAGCCCUCAGAGCCUCCAGCCAUGGCUGGAGUGAGCUCCAGGGACUGCAGGAUGCGUCCAGCAUUCGGCAGGAGUUCCUGAGCUCCCUGGAAGGUUUCGUGGGCAUCUUGUCAGGUGCACAGGAGAGUCUAAGGGAGAAGGUAAACCUUCAAAAAUGUGACAUAUUUGAACUGACAUCCCUGAAGGAACCUGUGGACUACUUGGCCCUAGCUAGUAACCCCGAGACUGUGGAAAAGGCAGAAUGUUGUAUGAAGGUGUGGAUCAAACAGACAGAGCAGAUCCUUGCUGAGAACAAUCAGCUGCGGAAGGAAGCAGAUGAUGUUGGGCCCCGAGCAGAGUUGGAACACUGGAAAAAAAGGCUCUCCAAAUUUAAUUACCUUUUAGAUCAACUGAAAAGCCCAGAGGUGAAGGCUGUACUGGCGAUGCUCGCUGCGGCCAAGUCCAAACUGCUGAAGGCUUGGCGGGAGACAGACAUUAGGAUCACUGAUGCAGCUAAUGAAGCAAAGGACAACGUCAAAUAUUUGUAUACACUGGAGAAAUGUUGUGACCCUCUGUACAGCAGUGACCCUAUAACUAUGAUAGAUGCUAUUCCUACACUUAUAAAUGCAAUUAAAAUGAUCUACAGCAUCUCUCAGUACUAUAACACCUCCGAGAAGAUCACAUCUCUGUUUGUAAAGGUGACAAAUCAGAUGAUAUCUGCAUGUAAAGCCCACAUCACCAACAAUGGGACUGCCACCAUCUGGAGCCAGCCUCAGGACCUUGUUAUGCAAAAGAUAUCAUCUGCCAUUCAACUUAAACAGGGGUACCAGAGCUGCUUUCACGAGACAAAACAAAAGCUUAAGCAAAGUCCAAGUGAAAAACAAUUUGACUUUAGUGAGAUGUAUAUAUUUGGAAAAUUUGAAACUUUCCAUCGACGCCUGGCCAAGAUAAUGGACAUCUUUUCAACCUUCAAGACAUACUCAGUUCUGCAAGAUUCUAAAAUAGAGGGGUUGGAAGACAUGGUUACUAAAUACCAGGAUAUUGUUGCUUCCAUAAAGAAGAAGGAAUAUAACUUCUUAGAUCAGCGGAAAACGGAUUUUGACCAGGAUUAUGAAGAGUUUUGCAAGCGGACUAAUGACCUUCAUCAUGAGUUGCAGAAGUUCAUGGACAUCACAUUUGAAAAGAUUCAAAGCACAAGGCAAGCUCUGAACACGCUGAAGAAAUUUGAAAGAUUGAAUAUACCUAACCUUGGUAUCGAGGAAAAAUACCAAGUAAUUUUUCAGAAUUUUGGUGCGGACAUCGACAUGAUUUCUAAGCUGUAUACAAGACAGAAAUAUGAUCCUCCCUUGGCUCGGAACCAGCCUCCCAUAGCUGGGAAGAUCUUGUGGGCCCGGCAGCUCUUCCACAGGCUGGAGCAGCCGAUGCAACUCUUCCAGCAGCACCCCUUCGUGUUGAGGACUGCAGAGGCCAAGCCUGUGAUCCGGAGUUACAACAGGAUAGCCAAGGUCCUCUUGGAGUUCGAGGUCCUCUACCACAGGGCAUGGCUUCAGCAGAUUGAAGAAAUUCACAUAGGUCUUGAGGCUUCUUUAUUGGUGAAGGCUCCAGGCACAGGGGAAUUGUUUGUGAACUUUGAUCCUCAGAUAUUAAUAUUAUUUAGAGAAACGGAAUGCAUGUCCCAGAUGGGUCUGCCAGUCUCGCCAUUUGCAGCUGCUCUCUUCCAGAAGCGGAAUGUGUACAAAAAGAACUUCAGUGACAUGAAGAUGAUGCUGUCUGAAUACCAGAGAGUGAAGUCAAAAAUGCCUCCUCCCAUUGAGCAAUUGAUGGUCCCACACUUGGCUAGAGUGGAUGAAGCCCUCCAGCCUGGCUUGGCUGCCCUGACUUGGACAUCCCUGAAUAUUGGGACAUAUUUAGAAAAUGCUUUUGCAAAGAUCAAGGACCUGGAGCUGCUGCUUGACCGGGUCAAUGAUUUGAUUGAGUUCCGAAUCAAUGCCAUUCUGGAAGAAAUGAGCAGCAUGCCACUUUGUCAGCUCCCUCAGGAGGACCCCCUUACUUGUGAAGAAUUCCUCCAAAUGACAAAGGACCUUUGUGUGAACGGUGCUCAGAGACUCCAUUUUAAAAGCUCCCUAGUGGAGGAAGCAGCCAAUGAGCUAAUAAACAUGUUACUGGAUGUGGAUGUCCAAGCUGAAGAAGCAGGUGAAAAAGUCUCUCCCAAGAAUGCCGGUUCUAACGGCGACACUUCAGCAACCACAAGGAAGAAAAAAGAAAGUGAGAUGUUAGAGGAAGCCCGUGAGCUGCUUUCCCAUUUUAACCACCAAAAUGCUGAUGCUCUGUUGAAAGUGACAAGGAAUACUCUGGAGGCCAUUCGCAGGCGCAUUCACCUCUCCCACAUGGUUAACUUCCGGGACAGUAACAAUGCAUCAAAGAUGAAGCAGAACCAUCUUCCCAUUUUUCGGGCAAGCAUCACUCUGGCCAUUCCCAACAUUGCUAUGACUCCUGCCCUGGAAGACAUACAACAGACACUGAACAAAGCUGUGGAAUGCAUCAUCAGUGUCCCCAAGGGGGUUAGACAGUGGAGCAUUGAGCUGCUGUCCAUGAGGAAGUUGCAUGAAAGAAAAAUGGCUGCUCUGAAGAACAGUGAAGACAGUGAUUCUGAUGUUGAGGCAGAGGAAAGUGAGCUGCAAGAAACCCUGGAGAUAGCGUCUGUAAAUUUGCCCAUUCCUGUGCACACCCAGAAUUACUAUAAGAAUAUUUCUGACAACAAAGAGAUUGUAAAAUUAGUCUCCGUGCUCAGCACAAUCAUCAACUCCACCAAGAAGGAAGUUAUCACAUCCAUGGAUCGCUUCAAAUGCUACAACCACAUUUGGCAGAAGGAGAAAGAAGAAACCAUUAUGUCAUUUAUUGCACAAAACCCUUUGCUUUCUGAAUUUGAGUCUAGGAUUCUUUAUUUCCAACGUCUGGAGCAGGAAAUUAAUGCAGAGCCCGAAUACAUCCGUGUGGGUUCCAUUGCUCUGUACACAGCUGAUUUGAAGUUUUCUCUGAUGGCAGAGACAAAAGCCUGGAUGGUUGUUAUUGGCCGUCAUUGUAACAAAAAAUACAGGAGUGAGAUGGAAAGCAUUUUUGCGGUUGUUGAAGAAUUCCAAAAGAAACUGAACCGGCCCAUUAAAGACCUGGAUGAUAUUCGGAUUGCAAUGGUUGCUCUGAAAGAAAUCAGGGAGCAGCAGAUCUCUACGGACUUCCAAGUGGGACCCAUUGAGGAAUCUUAUGCCCUGCUUAACAAGUAUGGACUUCUGGUAGCCAAGGAAGAGAUGGACAAAGUUGACACUCUGCGUUAUGCUUGGGAGAAACUGCUGGCCCGGGCCAGUGACCUUCAGAAUGAGCUAGUCUCUCUGCAGCCCAGUUUCCGGAAAGAGCUGAUUGGUGUGGUUGAAGUGUUCCUCCAAGACUGUCAGCAGUUUUACCUGGACUAUGAUCUGAAUGGUCCAAUGGCGAGCGGCUUGAAGCCCCAGGAAGCCAGCGACAGGCUUAUUAUGUUUCAGAAUCAAUUUGAUAACAUAUAUCGUAAAUAUAUCACCUACACUGGAGGAGAGGAACUUUUUGGUUUGCCAGUGACUCAGUAUCCUCAGCUUCUUGAGAUAAAAAAGCAGCUGAAUCUUCUACAGAAAAUAUACAGCCUAUACAACAGUGUCAUAGAAACUGUGAACAGUUAUCAAGACAGCCUUUGGUCGGAAGUGAAUAUUGAAAAAAUCAACAACGAACUCUUAGAAUUCCAGAACAGGUGUCGGAAGCUGCCCCGGGCCCUAAAGGAUUGGCAGGCUUUUCUGGAUUUGAAGAAGACCAUUGAUGAUUUCAGCGAGUGCUGUCCACUGCUGGAGUACAUGGCCAGUAAAGCCAUGAUGGAGAGACACUGGCAGAGGAUAACUGCUCUCACUGGACACAGUCUGGACGUGGGCAAUGAAAGCUUUAAGUUGAGAAAUAUCAUGGAGGCUCCUCUCCUGAAAUACAAAGAGGAAAUAGAGGACAUCUGCAUCAGUGCAGUGAAGGAGAGAGACAUUGAACAAAAGCUGAAACAAGUGAUCUCUGAAUGGGACAACAAAACAUUAACGUUCAGCAGCUUUAAGACCCGUGGAGAGCUCCUCCUGAGAGGAGACAGUACCUCAGAAGUCAUCACCAGCAUGGAGGACAGCCUGAUGCUGCUGAGCUCUCUCCUGAGCAACAGGUACAACAUGCCAUUCAAAGCCCAGAUUCAAAAAUGGGUUCAAUGCCUUUCUAACUCAACAGACAUCAUUGAGAACUGGAUGACGGUUCAAAACUUGUGGAUUUAUCUAGAAGCUGUCUUCGUGGGAGGAGACAUUGCCAAGCAGCUGCCCAAGGAAGCCAAGCGCUUUUCCAAUAUAGAUAAGUCUUGGGUGAAGAUUAUGACACGGGCACACGAGAUAUCCAAUGUUGUUCAGUGCUGUGUUGGAGAUGAGACCAUGGGACAGCUGCUGCCACACUUACUGGACCAGUUGGAAAUCUGCCAGAAGUCCCUCACAGGAUACCUGGAGAAGAAAAGGCUGUGUUUUCCUCGCUUCUUCUUCGUGUCCGACCCUGCCCUGCUGGAGAUUCUGGGCCAGGCGUCGGACUCCCACACCAUCCAGGCCCAUUUGCUGAAUGUGUUUGACAACAUUAAGACUGUCAAGUUCCAUGACAAGAUCUAUGAUCGAAUCCUGUCAAUUUCCUCUCGGGAAGGAGAGACUAUUGAAUUGGACAAGCCUGUGAUGGCAGAGGGCAAUGUAGAAGUCUGGCUUAAUUCCCUACUGGAGGAGUCUCAGUCCUCAUUACAUCUUGUGAUUCGCCAGGCAGCUGCAAAUAUUCAGGAAACAGGUUUCCAACUGAUUGAAUUUCUUUCUUCCUUCCCUGCCCAGGUUGGAUUAUUAGGAAUUCAGAUGAUAUGGACCCGAGACUCAGAAGAAGCCCUUCGAAAUGCCAAGUUUGAUAAGAAAAUCAUGCAAAAGACCAACCAAUCCUUUCUAGAGUUACUGAACACGCUGAUCGACAUUACUACAAAGGACCUGAGUUCCAUGGAACGAGUUAAAUAUGAGACGCUGAUUACUAUUCACGUGCACCAAAGGGACAUCUUUGAUGACUUGUGCCACAUGCAUGUCAAGAGCCCUGCGGACUUUGAGUGGCUGAAACAGUGCCGAUUUUAUUUUAAGGAAGAUUCUGACAAGAUGAUGAUCCACAUCACAGACGUGGCUUUCAUAUACCAGAAUGAAUUUUUAGGCUGCACUGACAGACUUGUCAUAACUCCACUCACAGACAGGUGCUACAUCACAUUGGCUCAAGCUCUAGGAAUGAGCAUGGGAGGAGCCCCUGCUGGUCCUGCAGGAACAGGCAAGACAGAAACCACCAAGGAUAUGGGCCGGUGUCUUGGGAAAUAUGUUGUGGUUUUCAACUGCUCAGACCAGAUGGAUUUCCGAGGACUUGGGCGGAUAUUCAAAGGGCUGGCACAGUCCGGGUCCUGGGGUUGCUUUGACGAAUUCAAUCGUAUCGAUCUACCAGUGCUCUCCGUAGCAGCCCAGCAAAUCUCCAUUAUCCUCACAUGCAAAAAGGAGAGGAAAAGAUCUUUCCUUUUUACUGAUGGAGACAAUGUGACCAUGAACCCAGAAUUUGGACUUUUUCUAACUAUGAACCCUGGCUAUGCUGGGCGCCAGGAACUCCCGGAAAACUUGAAGAUAAACUUCCGAUCCGUGGCCAUGAUGGUCCCUGACCGUCAGAUUAUCAUCAGGGUGAAGCUGGCCAGCUGUGGCUUCAUUGACAACGUCGUUCUGGCCAGGAAAUUUUUCACACUCUACCAGCUGUGUGAGGAGCAGCUCUCGAAGCAGGUCCACUAUGACUUUGGUCUGCGUAACAUUUUGUCAGUUCUGCGCACCCUGGGGGCAGCAAAAAGAGCCAGUCCCACGGAUACAGAAUCUACCAUCGUAAUGCGAGUGCUGCGUGACAUGAAUCUUUCCAAACUGAUUGAUGAAGAUGAACCCCUGUUUUUGAGUUUGAUUGAAGAUCUAUUCCCAAAUAUUCUUUUGGACAAAGCAGGCUACCCUGAGCUGGAGACAGCAAUCGGUAAACAGGUUGAGGAAGCUGGCUUAAUUAACCACCCUCCUUGGAAACUGAAAGUCAUCCAGCUGUUUGAAACACAGAGAGUGAGGCACGGAAUGAUGACCCUGGGACCCAGUGGAGCGGGAAAGACCACGUGCAUCCAUACCCUGAUGAAAGCCAUGACAGAUUGUGGAAAACCACACAGAGAAAUGAGGAUGAAUCCCAAAGCAAUUACUGCCCCACAGAUGUUUGGUCGACUGGAUGUGGCCACAAAUGAUUGGACCGAUGGAAUAUUUUCUACCCUUUGGAGGAAAACACUGAAAGCCAAGAAAGGAGAGCAUAUCUGGAUAGUUCUUGAUGGUCCAGUUGAUGCCAUCUGGAUUGAAAAUCUGAAUUCCGUUUUGGAUGAUAAUAAAACGCUGACUCUGGCCAACGGCGAUCGGAUUCCCAUGGCUCCAAACUGCAAGAUUGUUUUUGAACCUCAUAACAUUGACAAUGCUUCUCCUGCCACUGUCUCAAGAAAUGGAAUGGUUUUCAUGAGUUCCUCUGUCCUUGAUUGGAGCCCUAUUCUUGAGGGUUUUCUCAAGAGACGAUCUCCUCAAGAGGCUGAAAUCCUGCGACAGCUGUAUGCAGAGACUUUUCCAGACCUGUAUCGUUUCAGCAUUCAGAACCUGGAGUACAAGAUGGAGGUACUAGAAGCCUUUGUGAUCACUCAGAGCACCCACGUGUUGCAAGGGGUGAUCCCUCCAAAGGAGCAGGCUGGGGAGGUGGACUCAGAGCACCUGGGGAGGCUGUUUGUCUUUGCCAUGAUGUGGAGUGUGGGCGCCGUCCUGGAGUUGGAAGGUCGCAGGAGGCUGGAACUCUGGCUACGUGCUCGAGAGGUGCCCACGCUGCCCCUGCCGCAGCCAACGGAUCCUGAGGACACCAUGUUCGACUACUACGUUGCACCGGAUGGUUCCUGGAGGCACUGGAGCACGUGUACCCCGGAAUAUGUGUAUCCACCUGAUACCACCCCAGAAUAUGGUUCUAUCUUGGUGCCAAAUGUAGACAAUGUGAGGACUGACUUCCUAAUUAAAACCAUUGCCAAACAAGGCAAGGCUGUGCUGUUAAUUGGUGAACAAGGAACAGCCAAAACAGUCAUAAUCAAAGGAUUUGUGUCAAAAUAUGACCCUGAAAGUCACAUGGUCAAGAAUCUGAACUUUUCUUCGGCAACCACCCCACUGAUGUUUCAGAGGACAAUAGAGAGCUAUGUGGAUAAACGUAUGGGCACAACAUAUGGUCCUCCCGCGGGGAAGAAGAUGGCUGUCUUUAUUGAUGAUUUGAAUAUGCCAGUAAUCAAUGAAUGGGGUGAUCAGGUUACUAACGAGAUUGUCCGACAGCUGAUGGAACAAAGUGGAUUCUAUAACCUAGAGAAACCUGGCGAGUUUACUAGCGUUGUAGACAUCCAGUUCUUGGCGGCCAUGAUCCACCCGGGGGGUGGACGCAAUGACAUACCACAGCGAUUGAAGAGGCAGUUCUCCAUAUUCAACUGCACCUUGCCUUCAGAUGCUUCCAUGGACAAAAUCUUUGGUGUGAUUGGGGUAGGCUACUACUGUCCCCAGCGAGGCUUCUCCGAGGAUGUGCGGGAUGCUGUGAUGAAGCUGGUGCCCUUGACCCGCCGCCUGUGGCAGAUGAUCAAAGUGAAGAUGCUCCCUACCCCUGCAAAAUUCCACUAUGUGUUUAACCUUCGAGACCUUUCCAGGAUCUGGCAGGGCAUGCUGAACGUAACUUCAGAGAUUAUCAAAGACACAAGUGAGCUGCUCAAGCUGUGGAAGCAUGAGUGUAAACGGGUGAUAGCUGACCGCUUCACCAUGUCCAGUGAUGUGACUUGGUUUGAUAAAGCCUUAGUCAGUUUGGUCAAGGAGGAGUUUGAUGAAGAGAAAACACUGGUGGUGGAUUGUGGAGUUGAUGCUUAUUUUGUGGAUUUCUUGAGGGAUGCACCAGAAGCUACAGGUGAAACAUCUGAGGAGACUGAUGCUGAAAUACCAAAGCUUUAUGAGCCAAUUGAAUCCCUUCAUCACCUGAGAGAGCGUUUGAGUGCCUUCCUGCAGCUCUAUAAUGAGAGCAUCCGCGGCACUGGCAUGGACAUGGUGUUCUUCACAGAUGCAAUGGUCCACUUAGUCAAGAUCUCUCGAGUCAUUCGCACUCCUCAGGGAAAUGCCCUCCUGGUUGGUGUGGGCGGAUCAGGAAAACAGAGCCUGACAAGGUUGGCUUCGUUCAUCGCUGGCUAUACCUCUUUCCAGAUCACUCUGACAAGAUCCUACAACACAUCGAAUCUGAUGGAAGACCUUAAGGUUUUGUACAGGACCGCUGGCCAUCAAGGCAAAGGAAUCACUUUCAUUUUCACAGACAAUGAGAUUAAAGAUGAGUCGUUUUUGGAAUACAUGAACAACGUUCUGUCAUCAGGAGAGGUCUCCAACUUAUUUGCUCGGGAUGAAAUUGAUGAGAUUAACAGUGACCUGAUGUCAGUCAUGAAAAAGGAACACCCCAAGCGUCCUCCCACUAACGACAACCUGUAUGAGUAUUUCAUGAGCAGGGUCCGAGGGAACCUUCACAUUGUGCUCUGCUUCUCGCCUGUUGGAGAGAAAUUUCGAAACCGAGCUUUGAAGUUCCCUGCCCUUAUUUCAGGAUGUACAAUUGACUGGUUCAGCCGCUGGCCCAAGGAUGCUUUAGUUGCCGUGUCGGAGCAUUUCCUCUCAUCCUAUAACAUUGACUGCAGUGUGGAAAUCAAGAAGGAAGUCGUCCAGUGUAUGGGCUCCUUUCAGGACGGGGUGGCUGAGAAAUGUGCUGAUUAUUUCCAGAGGUUCCGGCGCUCUACCCACGUGACGCCCAAAUCGUACCUCUCCUUUAUUCAGGGCUAUAAGUUCAUAUAUGGAGAAAAACUUGGGGAAGUGCAGAGCCUGGCCAACAGAAUGAACACUGGAUUGGAAAAGCUGAAAGAAGCUUCAGAGUCGGUGGCGGCCCUGAGCAAAGAACUGGAAGCAAAAGAAAGGGAACUACAAGUGGCCAACGACAAAGCCGACGCAGUCUUAAAAGAAGUCACAAUGAAAGCACAGGCUGCUGAGAAGGUCAAGGCUGAGGUACAAAAGGUGAAGGACAAAGCCCAGGCCAUUGUAGACAGCAUCUCCAAGGACAAAGCCAUCGCUGAGGAGAAACUAGAGGCAGCAAAGCCAGCUCUAGAAGAAGCAGAAGCCGCACUGCAGACCAUCAAGCCCUCUGACAUCGCCACAGUGCGCACACUUGGUCGACCCCCUCACCUCAUCAUGCGGAUUAUGGACUGUGUGUUGCUGCUCUUUCAGAGGAAGGUCAACCCAGUGAAAAUUGACCUGGAAAAAAGCUGCACUGUGCCUUCCUGGCAGGAAUCUUUAAAACUGAUGACGGCAGGGAACUUUCUCCAGAACUUACAGCAAUUCCCCAAAGACACGAUCAAUGAAGAAGUGAUAGAAUUUUUGAAUCCUUACUUUGAAAUGGCCGACUACAACAUUGAGACUGCCAGACGCGUAUGUGGGAAUGUUGCUGGUCUUUGUUCCUGGACCAAAGCCAUGGCUUCCUUUUUUUCUAUAAACAAGGAGGUGCUGCCUUUGAAGGCUAACUUGGUUGUGCAAGAGAAUCGUCAUGUGCUGGCCAUGCAGGACCUGCAGAAAGCCCAGGCUGAGCUGGAUGACAAGCAAGCAGAGCUCGACGUGGUGCAGGCAGAGUAUGAACGGGCCAUGACUGAAAAGCAGACCUUGCUUGAAGAUGCAGAGCGAUGCAGGCAUAAGAUGCAGACGGCGUCCACGCUCAUCAGUGGCUUGGCAGGUGAAAAGGAACGAUGGACAGAACAAAGCAAAGAAUUUGCUGCGCAAACUAAACGACUUGUAGGGGAUGUGCUGCUGGCAACAGCUUUUCUGUCAUAUUCUGGUCCAUUUAACCAAGAGUUUCGAGAUCUGCUGUUAAAUGAUUGGAAGAAGGAAAUGAAAGCUCAUAACAUUCCAUUCGGGAAUGAUCUCAAUCUUAAUGAGAUGUUGAUUGAUGCCCCGACUAUCAGUGAAUGGAACCUCCAAGGCCUUCCAAACGAUGACCUGUCUAUUCAGAAUGGAAUUAUCGUCACAAAAGCAUCACGCUAUCCUUUGCUAAUUGAUCCACAGACUCAAGGCAAGAUCUGGAUUAAAAACAAAGAAAGCCAAAAUGAACUCCAGAUCACGUCUCUAAACCAUAAGUACUUUAGAAACCACCUGGAGGACAGCCUUUCACUUGGACGGCCUUUACUUAUAGAAGAUGUUGGGGAGGAACUAGAUCCUGCUCUGGACAAUGUUUUGGAAAAAAACUUUAUUAAAUCUGGAUCUACCUUUAAGGUAAAAGUUGGUGACAAGGAAGUAGAUGUCAUGGAUGGUUUUAAACUCUACAUUACUACCAAGCUGCCGAAUCCAGCCUACACCCCGGAAAUAAGUGCCCGGACCUCCAUCAUUGACUUCACUGUCACUGUGAAAGGCUUGGAGGAUCAGUUACUCGGGAGAGUCAUCCUCACAGAGAAACAGGAACUGGAGAAAGAGCGGACUCUUCUCAUGGAGGAUGUAACGGCAAACAAAAGAAGGAUGAAGGAGCUGGAAGAUAAUUUGCUUUAUCGCCUGACGAGCACUCAAGGGUCACUGGUGGAAGACGAGAGCCUCAUUGUUGUAUUGAGCAACACCAAAAGGACAGCCGAGGAGGUGACACAGAAGCUGGAAAUCUCUGUAGAGACAGAAAUUCAAAUUAACUCAGCCCGGGAGGAGUACCGACCUGUUGCUACACGGGGCAGCAUCCUCUACUUCCUCAUCACUGAGAUGCGCUUGGUUAAUGAGAUGUAUCAAACUUCGCUCCGUCAGUUUCUGGGCUUGUUUGACCUUUCCUUGGCCAGGUCUGUCAAGAGCCCAAUUACAAGCAAGAGGAUUGCUAAUAUCAUUGAGCACAUGACUUAUGAAGUUUUCAAGUAUGCUGUCAGAGGCUUAUAUGAGGAGCACAAAUUCCUGUUCACGUUGUUGCUCACCCUAAAGAUUGACAUCCAGAGGAACCAAGUUAAGCAUGAAGAGUUUCUCACCCUCAUUAAAGGUGGUGCCUCAUUGGAUCUUAAAGCCUGUCCUCCUAAACCAUCGAAAUGGAUCCUAGACAUGUCCUGGCUGAAUUUGGUGGAACUUAGCAAACUUAGACAGUUUUCAGACAUCCUUGAUCAGAUAUCAAGAAAUGAAAAAAUGUGGAGAAUUUGGUUUGACAAGGAAAACCCAGAGGAGGAACCUCUUCCAAAUGCUUACGAUAAAUCGCUUGACUGCUUUAGACGUCUUCUUCUCAUUAGGUCGUGGUGUCCCGAUAGAACCAUUGCCCAGGCUCGCAAGUACAUCAUGGACUCUUUGGGAGAGAAAUAUGUGGAGGGAAUUAUCCUGGACUUGGAAAAGACAUGGGAGGAAGCUGACCCACGGACACCACUCAUCUGCCUCCUGUCCAUGGGCUCUGAUCCCACAGAUUCCAUCACUGCUUUGGGGAAGAGGCUAAAAAUAGAAACACGCUAUGUGUCCAUGGGCCAGGGCCAGGAGGUCCAUGCGAGGAAGCUGUUGCACCAGACCAUGGCAAAUGGUGGAUGGGUACUUUUACAGAAUUGCCAUCUGGGACUUGACUUCCUGGAUGAACUAAUGGACAUCAUUACAGAAACAGAGACUGUGCAUGACACUUUCCGCCUGUGGAUUACCACCGAGGUUCACAAGCAGUUCCCUAUAACUCUCCUUCAGAUGUCCAUCAAGUUUGCCAAUGAGCCACCUCAGGGCCUCCGGGCAGGCCUGAAAAGAACAUAUGGUGGUGUGAGCCAGGACCUGCUGGAUGUGAGUGUGGGGGCCCAGUGGAAGCCCUUGCUGUAUGCCGUGGCCUUCCUACACUCUACUGUCCAGGAGAGGCGCAAGUUUGGCCCCCUAGGGUGGAAUAUCCCCUAUGAAUUUAACCAAGCGGACUUCAAUGCCACUGUGCAGUUCAUUCAAAACCACCUGGAUGAUAUGGACAUCAAGAAGGGUGUGUCCUGGACCACUGUCCGCUACAUGAUUGGAGAGAUUCAGUAUGGAGGCAGAGUCACCGAUGACUACGAUAAGAGGUUGCUGAACACAUUUGCAAAGGUUUGGUUCAGUGAAAACAUGUUUGGACCAGAUUUCACCUUUUACCAAGGAUACAACAUUCCCAAAUGCAGCACAGUGGAUGGCUAUCUUCAGUAUAUACAGAGCCUGCCUGCCUACGACAGCCCAGAAGUGUUUGGGCUGCACCCCAAUGCCGACAUUACUUACCAGAGCAAGCUGGCCAAGGAUGUGCUGGACACCAUCCUGGGCAUCCAGCCUAAGGACAGCUCCGGUGGAGGGGACGAGACGCGGGAGGCUGUAGUGGCCCGCCUGGCUGAUGAUAUGCUGGAGAAGCUUCCAGAAGAUUACAGCCCUUUUGAAGUGAAAGACAGAUUGCAGAAGAUGGGGCCGUUCCAGCCCAUGAACAUUUUCCUCAGGCAGGAGAUUGACAGGAUGCAGAGGGUGCUCAGCCUCGUCCGCAGCACCCUGACUGAGCUGAAACUGGCUGUGGAUGGCACCAUUAUCAUGAGCGAAAAUCUGAGAGAUGCUCUGGAUUGCAUGUUUGAUGCCAGAAUCCCUGCUCGAUGGAAAAAGGCCUCGUGGGUUUCAAGUACCCUGGGUUUCUGGUUUACUGAACUCUUAGAAAGAAACUGCCAGUUCACCUCCUGGAUUUUCAAUGGCCGACCCCAUUGCUUUUGGAUGACUGGCUUUUUUAACCCCCAGGGGUUUUUAACUGCGAUGCGACAGGAAAUAACUCGGGCCAACAAAGGCUGGGCUCUGGACAAUAUGGUUCUUUGCAAUGAAGUCACCAAACUGAUGAAGGAUGAUGUUUCUGCCCCUCCCACAGAAGGGGUCUAUGUCUACGGCUUGUAUCUUGAGGGUGCUGGCUGGGACAAAAGGAACAUGAGACUCAUUGAAUCCAAGCCCAAAGUGCUUUUUGAGUUGAUGCCUGUCAUAAGGAUUUAUGCAGAAAACAACACUGCAAGAGAUUCCCGGUUGUACUGUUGUCCCAUCUACAAGAAGCCAGUGCGAACAGACGUGAACUACAUUGCUGCUGUGGACCUCAAGACAGCCCAGGCCCCUGAACACUGGGUUCUCCGUGGGGUUGCCCUUCUCUGUGAUGUCAAAUAACAGAAAUGCGUAGUCCAAAUUAUUUUAAUUUUUAUUUCUCUGUCAGGGCUGGACAUGCAUAAAUCAGGCUGUGUCUAAUUAAUGAGGUGUCACUGCCCCGCAUACUUCCUUAGAUACUUACUUGUAUUUUACUUGUCUUGUCAUUGGUAAUUGACCCUCACACUUGUUUUGAAAAAUACUUAUUGAUUUAAAACCAUCAUGAACAACCUCCUAAUGAAUUGUGGGCAUCAAAUCUCUAAUCAUGUAUUUUCUUCUUCUUUCCAUCUGAAGUUUAUGUUAAGCAUUUGCUAUUUCCUCUAAGGGAUUGCUGUUCUGUUAAUGUGAUUCUGGCAGCAACCAGGUUCCCUAAGGUAACACAAAAGCUUGUGACAGUUUUGUUUCUAUUGCCUUUUGCCUUUUGGUCAGGUCAGGAGAGCUGUUUUCUAGGCUUCAAGCAGAUAAUUAAAAGAUCUUUUGAUAAAAUAAUUUGAGAUAGAAGAUGGAUUCAGAUUGCAAAUAGACAGCUCAGGUGAGCCUGGAGUGCAAACACAUAGAGCAAUGCUCAGUCUCACUUAUAAUUAGUAACAAGGCACUGAUUGAUGUCUACCCAAAGAGUGUGGUGUCUAUACUGCUGAUAUACUCAUGGAUUGUUAGAACAAUGUAAACUGAUCCAAAAUUUCUGUAAAAUAAGUUAAACGGAGAAAGAAACAAAAACAUUCAAACACUUUGAUUCUUACUGCUCUAUACCAAGGAGUUAAAGCUGCUGAAGGCAAAUUUUAUAUAUAAAGUUGUAUUUAAUAAAGGAAAUAAAUGGACCUGCUCCAAAUGUUCAACAGUAAAGCUAUGCUAACAAUAACAGGAUAUUAAACAACUAUGAAAUGUAGUAUUGGAGAACUCAUUAGAAGAAAAUGACAAGCAUAGUGAAAAAUGAAAGAUGCAAUUUACAAACUAUUGAUCUCUUUAUGAUUACAGCUAUGAAAUGAGUUUGAAUGUGGACAAAAAUUAGAUAACAAUAUAGAAAACUAAAACCAGGUGUGAUGGCAUAAUAAAUAUAAUAGUAUUUUUAAAAUAGUAUUUUAGAAGAAGAAUAUUGGAGGGUUAAACCCUAAAAUGUGUGUGGGGAAUCUAAAGUAUCUUUUAUUAAUUAGGAAAAAUGUUCUCCAAGGAACUCUUCAUUUAUUUUUGUUUUAAGUUCUGGCUAUAAAUGACUUUCUGCUUCACUUAUUACAUAUGGAUUAAGAAACUUGAUCAGGAUUAUACUUAGAAUUGUAGUUUAGCUCUAGGUCUGAUUAACUGCAUUUUCUUCUGAGGAGAUGGGUUUCCUAUGUGUUUAGUAGGUGCAGAAGGUGUGUAUUCCCUACCAGGUGCAGGUCUGUAAUCAGCUUCAUUUUUUUAUGCUUAUUAUACUGUGUAGUUUGUGUGACUCCCACUGAUCAUGGGUGAUAUUACUUCUGUUUGAACUGCUUCUUUUGUAUGGAUUAACAUAUCAGUUGAUGCUUGAGAAUUGUGACCUGCUGAUUUUUAUUUUUAAGAACAGAUAAUAAAAAUUAGAAUGUGAUACAAAUUAAUAAAAGAAUAUUAGUAAAUGGCAAAAUUGAGAUUGUUUAUUGUUUUCUGAAAGAGGAUAAUUGCUACUAAGUACUCAGGAAAAAUACUUUCAAAACUGUAUUUUAAUCAAAUUUUAAAUGUUGUAACUCAUAUAACUUUAUGAUACAAGUUGUUAGUUUAGGUGUAUAAGUUCCAGAGACCCAAAAUAGAAAAGGACACAAUACAAACAAUUAUAAAAUGUUGGAAAUGAACUUAACAUAGUCCUGAAGUCGGUAUGAGCUUGACUACUCUGUUUCCAUCCCAUCUCUUCCUGCUGAUGGGAAAGUGCUCAGCAUUCUGAAUCAGAUAUCUGAGGGAGGACCACAUGGCUGAGUCUAUGGACAGCUUAGGAUGCAGUAUGAAGUACCACGAGGGACCAGCAUCAUUGCCGAGUGAAAGAACCAUCUUUUUCAUCUGUGUCACCACUGAGUGAUUUAAACUGCAUUUAUUUCACAGGGCCUAUGUGUGAGGCCCUCUGCUUUUCUGGUGACGCAAUGGACCUAAGUGAUGGAGAUGCCGAAAACAAGCAAUUUUCUAGGCAUGUAAUUAUAUAUGAUCUCAAUUUUAGAGCAGACAGCAUGACACACGUGGGAUGCAUAGAAAGCGAUGCCAAGAUUAUGAGUUAAGGACUAUGAAGGAAAACACUGGAUGCCAAACAUAUAAAUAACAAGGGUUGGCAGAAUUCGCAUUAUUAUAAUGGAUCAGUAAGUUUUGUGUUGUUGGUUUGAACCCAGUGUCUUAGGUAUGCUAGGCAAAUGAUCUUCAUUGAGUUGCAUCCUCAUACACUUAACCAUUUGUUGUUUACUAAGUGUAUAGAAUAUAAGUGAAGUGCUCCUGUAAGCUGGACAACAGCUGUAUGCUCUUGCCUGUCUGAUGUGCAAAUCUUCCCCACUCCCCUGAGUUAUAGGGGAUAUUGAUGAAAAGUAAAUCAAUCCAGAAUUAGGAAGAGCAUGUCCCCAUUAUGUGACAAAGAAGAGCUAUGUGUUCCUAAACAUCAUCUACACCUUGGAUGCUAUUUGCCUCUUAUCAUUGAGCCAUGUGGUUUUUGAAUCAGAAUGGCCCCCAUAGAGUCAUCUAUG